CCCUAACCAUAACCUUGAACCUAACCCUAAAACAGCAUUCUUUAAAAAAAGAUAGAAUGCCCGACCCCGCGUUUUAUUGACACCCGUUUUGGUUUUGCAUAAUUCGAUCGCCUAGAACAUCAACAUGACACAAUUUUUUUGUAGCUUUCUAUAAAGUUUGCUUAUUCUUUUAUCCUUGUGUGACACAAAACCAGCUCGUAAUUUGUCUACCAAGACAUAUACUUACAAGCUGGUUUUGUUUUUUGCAAUCGAUCGCCAGCUAGAUCAACACACAUAAGCGUUCAUGAGCGCAAGUGCAAAAAAAAAAGAUGUAAAGAGGUCCAGGUAAACGGCUUUUGUCUGUCAAAAUGCCCCCACUAUCCCGUACACCAAUCGGAUUUGUAUGCGCGAGCCAACAUGCGCAGAAAGUCAUCACCUUGUCGAUAUUUGGCAGACAGGGCUGAAUAACGUUCUACGCAUGUCCGUGACAUCAUUUGUUUACUUGUCUAGCCAGUGCGCGAAGCACUCGUGCAAAGUGGAAUUCUUGCAUCUGAUACCAUUUUAUCUUCAACCAUCUGUUAAACUCGUAUUUGUGAGUGCCAACGAAGGAGAAAUUCCACGAAUACGUUAGAAAUGCAACUCAUGGAAAGAAAUGUUACGUGUAAUCCAGGAGUCAAGGAAAGUUUUUUUUACCGUCCCAGCGAGGUUUUUCAUUGUUUUGGUGCAGAUCGUCGGUAAGUUUGCAGAAAGAUGACUGAGGGUGUGUUCCUUUCGGCGAAUCCAAAAACGGAUUUUUGAUCCUAGAUUUGCCAGAUUUCUCGGUCGAAAGGAACGUGAAACCCGAAAUUGGAUUUGUAACCUUGGUAACCUUCCGUCAACGCGUGCAAUAUGCACGACAGCUUCUCAAAAAAUGACGUGUUUUCUACUGUUUGACAAAUUAUGCGAUUAUACCGUGCAGAAUUUAUUGGUCGGCAGUUCGAAUAGCGACGAUGGAACAUAUAAAACAGACAAAGAUAGAAGCACAUUAAAAUUGAAAAUUAUCUGAGACCCUGUUUACAUGGAGUGGGGGACCCCGGUCUAAUGGGGUAAGUUUCUUUUGGUUUUGUGUCCUCCAGAGCGUGAAAACAAAAGAAACCAACCCCACUAGACCGGGGUCCCCCACUCCAUGUAAACAGGCCCUAAAAAUGUCGGCCAGUUUGAUCCAGUUGGUGGCAAGAAAGCCGGUUUUGAGCGCGAUGAUAACAUCAGACACAAGAAGUCAUGAAAGUCAUAAACUUAGUUACAAAUCUUAGUGCGAUCAAAGAAGCUUUUUUGUACAUAUAGCUCCAGCCGGCUUAGAGGCGCUGGUCAAGCUGUAGAAUCAGUAUUUAUUCGGUUAAGUUUGUUUAAAAUUUAAUUUGCACCUUUAAGCUUAUUAAUGAAUAAACUUCUAAAGUUUAAGGUGACUCGACCCAGUUUUUUUGGGGGGGUACCAUCCUACUUUGAAGCUCUCUGGUAUCUCCACCUUUACUGUUAUCGUAAGUCUAACACAUAGAAUGGACAAUCGGAGUAAAUGUCACGUGGUUAUAAUGCCACGCCCCUUUGAGGUCUGUGUCGAAAAUCUGCUGUUGCAGGCAUUUUUUCGUGAAAAUCUCUCGGCUACACAUAGUGCGCAUUAGUUCCUUGCGCUGAACAGAGUUUCACCAAAAUCGCAAAGACCCAAUGCGAGAAAUUCAGCGGUUUCCAAAGUUAGGUCAUAAUUUAUGCGAAAAUGAUAAGCAAACUUUACACGAUUAUAUCUAAUAAACUAUGAGAUUCAUCGCUUUGUUUUGGGCAUCGUGAUAACAGAUGGGUCCUUGCAAGUCAGCAAAAAGCUUUAGGGCCUUGUAAAUGCGCGCGAUUUCGAGCAAAGCAAACAUAUAGAAAUUAUAGUUUUAGCUAUUUGUUGACGUUUGUCAGCGUUUAAGAGACCUUCUCAUGAAAAAAGCAUUUUCUUAAAAAUUCGUACUUUUUUUUCCUUCAAAUUUUUUCAGGGCCACAAUUGAUUAACUAACUACACGGAUUCUGAAUUUCAUGGUCAUUGAAAAACAUUGCACGCUCAUUGCACGCUUGCUGAACAAGAAUGCUGUAUCAUGACAGACUAGAAACAAUAGACGACUCCCAAAGCACAAACUCAGCCAAAACGCCAAAAAUCUUCAAUGUUUACUCAAGUUUGGGCUUAUAGAAGAUAAUGUCACAGUUUUUCAUAGAGGGAAACAAGUUUGGAAGAAAGAAUUGAAUUCGAAACCUCAGUGAUUGUUUUGUGUUCUUACAGUUCUUAUAGUGAAACCAAGCGAGAUAUAA